AUGCCGUUCCCCAUCACAGCUGCUGAAGAAAUUGGAAAUCCUAAUGCAAUGUUCUUUACUAUUUCUGCAGGCGGCUUCAUGGGCUCUAAACAAUAUCCUGCUAUGGUGGAGAAAGGGCUUACACCACUCAAAGAUGAGAGCUAUUUCACAAAUGGAUUUUUGGACAAGGUGAUUGAUUGGAUUCCAGGAAUGAAAGGUAUCCAUUUACGGGAACUUCCGACAGUGUUUCACAUUACAAAUCCAGACAACAUCUUUUUUAAGCUCACAGUGGAAACAAUGGAUAGAGUAGAUAAAGCUUCAGCUGUUGUUCUUCUUACAUUUGAUGCAUUGGAACAAGAGAUUCUGGAUGCUCUCUCAUCUAUGCUUAUCCCACCUAUUUUUACAAUUGGUCCUAUUGAAUUACUACUUGUCAAUCAGAUACCAGAAGACCCUUUGAAGUCUGUUGGCUAA